UUGUCUUGCCCCUAGAACUCUCUCCCUGAAGCCUUCAACCCUAUAUAGCCUCUUUUGCCUAUCAAAACAGGUAACCUCUAUCCUCCAAGCCAUCCUCCUCCACCCUUCCUCCCCCUCCUAAAGCAUUUCAAAAGUAAAAGAAGAGAAAUUGAGGAAAAGUUAAAAUGAAGGUUAAGUUUCUAGCUUGGACUUUCUCCAUCUUCUUAUGUAGCAUGGCCCUUCAUCGAGUUACAUCCACGCCACAGCAUGAAGAUUUCGACAAGCCAGAACCUCCUAUGCAAGGACAAGUUCACGAUCUAGAAGGCAAGAUCGGUUUGUCUAGAGAAGGUGAAAGAAGAGAAUACAAGGGAAAGCAUGAGAUUUUCCACUCAAUAAAGGGACAGAAAGGAAAGGGGGCUUAUGGUGGUGCAAAUAUUGUCCAUCGGCCUAAGCACGGGGGAAGAAGUGAUGCCUUAUUGUCAGCAAAGGCUAGCAGCUUUGUGACAGCCACCAUGUUGUGUGUGAGCUUGGCUUUCAUUCUCAUAUUUCCUUUUCUAUCACUCUAGAUCUUACAAACUGGGCAUAUUUACGGAUCCAAGAUUAUGAUAGCUAGCCUGCUUUAGUUAUGGCCCCUCAUGCCUCAUUUCUCAGUCAACCCCCAAUUACAUUUGGUAGCUUCACAGGCAUCCUUGAAGUACAUGGAAAUUCUUGAUUGAUUACGGCCCUCGUUCCUCCUUUCUUUGGUUCCUGGUAUUGGUUUUGUGAUUUGUCAUUAAGCAGUUGAAGUAGUGUUGCUAGUUUGUGGUUUUUCUUUCAGCAUAAUUAUUUUUCAUGUAGCAUGACAAACGAUCAAGUGUUGUCUUUGUCAAUGACUGUCCUAGAAUUAUCUUUCACCAUCAUGUUUGCACUGGACUUUACCAUCUCAGACUCUCAGUACUGAGCUUGUACUGGCGCAUCGGCCAGCUUUCCUCCAUGUGUUGUUUGUAAUCAAUAUAUUCAAUUAGAGAAACAAAACAAACAGAAGAGGUCAACAGUUUUGCCAUUGAAA